UGGAACAUAGUUUCUGGUUGCACGCUAUUUCACAUGAAUGGGAAUGAGAAGCAAUAGAGCAUGAGUUAUCAUUAUAAGUGUAUCUCUACUUAGAGGUUUUUCAGUCUAUGGGCAUUUUUGAUAACACAUACACAUCCUCGUAAGGUUCAAGUCUCGUAUUGGUUCAGAAUAAUUACGAAGAUUGAUUUCUUUGUAUGAUCAGGUAGUUUGCGGGGUGACUGCUGCUGGAUAACUCCAGGCUAAUUAACGGUACCAACAAAUAACUGCCAGGCCGUAAUAAUGCUGCAGGAAGUUCUUGCUUUACCAAUUGAAUACAAAAUAUUUUACGCUGUCCUGGUCUUCUCAUGGACGGUGUAUGUUUGGGAGGCCUACCUCGCCUAUAGACAGAGGAAGAUCUACAGAACUACAAUGCAUGUGCCCACUGAACUGGGCAAGAUAAUGGAUUCCGAGACCUUUGAAAAGUCUCGCCUCUAUCAGCUGGACAAAAGCAACUUUGGCUUCUGGUCUGGACUCUACUCUGAGACAGAGGGCACGCUGAUACUGCUCCUGGGAGGAAUCCCCUUCCUCUGGAAAGUGUCAGGGAAUCUCACAGCUCAUUUUGGUCUUGGUCCAGAGUAUGAGAUCUCCCAGUCUUUGGGGUUUCUGAUGUUGGCGACUCUCUUUAGUGCCUUCACUGGCCUUCCCUGGAGCCUCUACAACACAUUUGUUAUUGAGGAAAAGCAUGGAUUCAACCAGCAGACACUGGGUUUCUUCCUGAAAGAUGCUGUAAAGAAGUUUGCUGUGACGCAGUGUAUUUUACUGCCAGUGACAUCAUUGCUCCUCUACAUCAUCAAGAUCGGAGGGGAUUAUUUCUUCAUCUAUGCCUGGCUCUUCACUCUCACUGUGUCUCUGAUUCUGGUGACUAUCUAUGCAGACUAUAUCGCCCCCCUGUUUGAUAAGUUCACUCCACUGCCAGAGGGAGAGCUGAAGAGUGAGAUUGAGAGCAUGGCAAUGUCCAUCCAAUUCCCCCUCACCAAAGUCUAUGUAGUGGAAGGCUCAAAGAGAUCUUCCCACAGCAAUGCCUACUUCUAUGGUUUCUUCAAAAACAAGCGUAUUGUGCUAUUCGACACACUUUUGGAGGAUUACUCUCCUCUGAACAAAACAGAGAGGGCAGGGACAGGAGAGGAGACCGAGGCGACAGAGAAUGAAAGCAAGUCCAAACCAAAGAACAAGAAGCAGGGCUGCAAUAACCCUGAGGUUCUGGCAGUUCUUGGACAUGAAUUGGGGCAUUGGAAACUGGGCCAUACAGUCAAGAACAUUGUUAUCAGCCAGAUGAACUCCUUCCUGUGCUUCUUCCUUUUUGCUGUUCUGAUUGGUCGGAAGGAACUCUUCAUGGCAUUUGGUUUCCAUGACAGCCAACCCACCCUCAUCGGACUGAUGAUCAUCUUUCAGUUUAUCUUCUCGCCUUACAAUGAGUUGCUCUCGUUCUGUCUGACGGUUUUGAGCCGGAGGUUUGAGUUUCAGGCAGAUGCAUUUGCACGUGGUAUGGGCAGAUCAUCUGAGCUCUACUCUGCUCUCAUCAAGCUCAAUAAGGAUAACCUGGGGUUCCCUGUGGCAGACUGGCUCUUCUCUAUGUGGCAUUACUCGCAUCCUCCCCUGCUAGAGCGACUCCGAGCCCUCACAGGACCGAAGCAGGACUGAAGGCUUUGCAGGGGGGGGCCAUGUUCCCCACUCGGUUCACCACUCAGUCCCCCAAGAAAAGGUCUCCGCCAGCCUCUAUUGGCCCUCUGAAAUUAAUGCCUGUUCCUCUCUCUUUCCUUUUCUCUUCCUAAGUGUUUAAUUUUGUCAGUUGUUUGUCAUUGGCCAGAGUGGAAAUCCAAAUUGUUUGCAGAUGGCUUCAGAAAACUGAAUGUACAAGAUGUUACGUAUUCAUCUGUGUGGGUCUGUGUUCAGUUAGCCUUUUGCAGUUGUUCUUGAUAUGAUUUUUAUUUUAAUUCCUUUUUAUAUUUUAACUGUGAAUUGUCCCCUCUGGUUCUUCAUAGAUCCAUGCGUUUCCACUUUUAUUGUCAAAGUUUUGAUUUUCAAAGUGUUAUCCACUGUUUGAUCCAUGUGAACCGUGAGAGAGAAAUGAAGUUAAAACAUCUUAGAGGGGCUUUCAGCAUUACAUGACACUCAAAAGAUUCUUACAGUUAAUAGCGGGUGCUUCAGAUUGCUGAUUGGUGUACUUGAAAUAACAUCUGUCUGUUGAAACAGGAAUGAGGAUUAUCUGCAGUAUAGUCGAGCACAUGGUUCAGAUGACAGAUGGUGUGUACAAACCAAUGAGACCACUAACACUUCUGACACUUAAACCACAGAGGAAGAAAAUUUGUCAUUUUGAUGACUUAUGGCUCAGUAAGGCCAGCUAAAAUGUUAAUUCCAAUAUUGGUUCUUUGAAAAUACAUUGGGGAAAAAAUUGUUCUUUGUUUUACUUUUGUAACCGGAAAGGGGUUGUUUGUUUAAAUGUUAAUUUUUUGUGGCGUAUGAACAACAUUCAAGGGCAGAAGUGACUUUAGAAGUAUUUAAUGAAUAGUUAGAAAUAAUUAUUUUUUGUUUUUUCUCGCUGUGCCUGUGUGUGCAAGGUGUAUUGCAGUGAAAGUAAGGUGUAGGGACAUAAUACUGUCAUUUUUUAUUUCCUCUCAAAAUCUGAACCCUGAAUUGUAAAGAUAAGAGUUUUGCUGGUGGAAAACUGGAUUUAGGCGGGGUUUCCUAUGUUUUCACAUGUGAAGGCAUACACUUUUCUGUGAUAUUUGGCAUGCAAUAAAAACACUGGACUCAG